AGUCUCUACAAGUAAUUUCUAAACUCCAUUUUGAUGAGAUGUUUGAAAAUAUAGCUACCGUGCAAAAUACAGAAUGUUUCGUAUUCGUUCUCACAGAAACUAACGUAGACUCAGGUGCGACAGUAGUUCCAGUAGCCUUUAUGGGAGCAGCAGUAAUUUCAGCAACUUCAGGUGCAGCAGUAGUACCAGCAACUUCGGGUGCGCAUGCGAUUAAUUGA